GGAGGUUGCGGCGGGUUUGAAAGCGGCAGUUUCCUGGCAGCUUGGGCAGGCGUUGGUCUCAGCGCUCCAGCUCCGCAGCGGCCACGAUCGAUCCUGCGACGGGUCUACGCGCGCUUCUGCGCGCCCCCGACGGAUUUUUCCCGUUCCGGCUCUUCCCCCUUUACCUCCCCGCCCCCUGCUUCUGCCUUUCCCGCCGCUCCGGCGCGGAGCCCGGAGGCCAGCGGUCGGCUGUGACCCCGCCCGAAACCCCUCUGGAGCCGCCCGGGGACAAUCCCCUUCUCUUUUCUUCAGCCUAACCCGGCUGGCCCUCGCGGAGCCCGGCCAGCCCCGGGGAACGCCGCCGGGCGGGGCGUCCGAGGGGCGUCUCGGGGCUUGGAACGGCCCGGCCCCCAGCGGGCUGUGGUCGGGGGGGUGCCGGAGCGGCGAGGCCCCCUCUCCGGGCUGCGCGGGCCGCCCGGAGCCCCCAGGGUGAGAGGGGGCCGGAGCGGCGCCCCCGGCGCCCGCGCGGGGUCUCCCCCAUGGUGCAGCGGGGUUCGGGAUGUCGAAGACGCUGAAGAAGAAGAAGCACUGGCUCAGCAAGGUGCAGGAGUGCGCGGUGUCCUGGGCCGGGCCCCCGGGCGACUUGGGCGCCGAGAUCCGGGGCGGCGCGGAGCGCGGCGAGUUCCCCUACCUGGGGCGGCUCCGCGAGGAGCCAGGCGGGGGCACCUGCUGCGUCGUCUCGGGCAAGGCGCCCAGCCCGGGGGAUGUGCUGCUGGAGGUGAACGGGACGCCUGUCAGCGGGCUCACCAACCGGGACACCCUGGCUGUCAUCCGCCACUUCCGCGAACCCAUCCGUCUCAAGACUGUGAAGCCAGGCAAAGUCAUUAAUAAAGAUUUGCGACAUUACCUGAGUCUUCAGUUUCAGAAAGGAUCAGUUGACCACAAACUGCAGCAAGUGAUUAGAGAUAAUCUCUAUUUGAGAACUAUUCCAUGCACUACAAGGGCCCCCAGGGAUGGGGAAGUACCAGGGGUGGACUAUAAUUUCAUUUCUGUUGAACAGUUCAAAGCACUGGAAGAGAGUGGAGCAUUAUUAGAAAGUGGAACGUAUGAUGGAAACUUCUAUGGAACUCCCAAGCCUCCAGCAGAACCCAGCCCUUUCCAGCCAGAUCCAGUUGAUCAGGUCCUCUUUGAUAAUGAGUUUGACACAGAAUCCCAAAGAAAACGAACUACAUCUGUCAGCAAGAUGGAAAGAAUGGACAGUUCUCUUCCUGAAGAGGAAGAAGAUGAAGACAAGGAAGCUGUUAACGGUAGUGGAAAUGCAGCAGAAAACAGAGAGAGGCAUUCUGAGUCGUCUGAUUGGAUAAAGACUGUCCCAAGUUACAACCAAACAAAUAGUUCCAUGGACUUUAGAAAUUAUAUGAUGAGAGACGAGAAUCUGGAACCGCUGCCCAAAAACUGGGAAAUGGCCUACACUGAUACGGGGAUGAUCUACUUCAUUGACCACAAUACCAAGACAACCACCUGGUUGGAUCCUCGUCUUUGUAAGAAAGCCAAAGCCCCUGAAGACUGUGAAGAUGGAGAACUUCCUUAUGGCUGGGAGAAAAUUGAAGACCCUCAGUAUGGGACCUACUAUGUUGAUCACCUUAACCAGAAAACCCAGUUUGAAAAUCCAGUGGAGGAAGCCAAAAGGAAAAAGCAGUUAGGACAGGCUGAUACUGGGUCUUCAAAACCAGAUAUGGAAAAAUCACACUUUACUCGAGAUCCAUCCCAGCUUAAAGGCAUCCUUGUUCGAGCAUCAUUGAAAAAAAGCACAAUGGGAUUUGGUUUUACCAUUAUUGGUGGAGAUAGGCCUGAUGAGUUCCUACAAGUGAAAAAUGUGCUGAAAGAUGGUCCUGCAGCUCAGGAUGGGAAAAUUGCACCAGGUGAUGUUAUUGUAGACAUCAAUGGCAACUGUGUCCUUGGUCACACCCAUGCAGAUGUUGUCCAGAUGUUUCAACUGGUACCCGUCAAUCAGUAUGUAAACCUCACUUUAUGUCGUGGUUAUCCACUUCCUGAUGACAAUGAAGACCCUGUUGUGGACAUUGUUGCUGCUACUCCUGUCAUCAAUGGACAGUCAUUAACUAAGGGAGAGACUUGCAUGAAUACUCAGGAUUUUAAGUCAGGAACGAUGGUUCUGGACCAGAAUGGAAAAUCGGGGCACACCUUGAUCCGUGAUCGUCUCAAUGGACCAUCAGGUCUGAGUGAGCAGAGAGCGUCUAUGGCGUCGUCAGGCAGCUCCCAGCCAGCGCUAGUGACUGUCCCUCUGAUCAAGGGCCCUAAAGGCUUUGGGUUUGCAAUUGCUGACAGCCCAACUGGGCAGAAGGUGAAAAUGAUAUUGGAUAGUCAGUGGUGUCAAGGCCUACAGAAAGGGGACAUAAUUAAGGAAAUUUACCGUCAAAAUGUGCAGAAUUUAACACAUCUCCAAGUGGUAGAGGUGCUAAAGCAGUUUCCAGUAGGUGCAGAUGUACCAUUGCUUAUCUUAAGAGGAGGUCCUCCUUCACCAACUAAAACUGCCAAAAUGAAAACAGAUAAAAAGGAAAAUUCAGGAAGUUUGGAGGCCAUAAAUGAGCCCAUUCCCCAGCCUAUGCCUUUUCCACCCAGCAUUAUCAGGUCAGGAUCCCCGAAAUUGGAUCCUUCUGAGGUCUACAUGAAAUCUAAGACUUUAUAUGAAGAUAAACCGCCAAACACCAAAGAUUUGGAUGUUUUCCUUCGGAAACAAGAAUCAGGGUUUGGCUUUAGAGUGCUGGGAGGAGAUGGACCUGACCAAUCUAUAUACAUUGGGGCCAUCAUUCCUCUGGGCGCAGCUGAGAAAGAUGGUCGUCUCCGUGCAGCUGAUGAGCUGAUGUGCAUUGAUGGAAUUCCUGUUAAAGGGAAAUCACACAAACAAGUGCUAGACCUAAUGACAACUGCUGCUCGAAAUGGCCAUGUGUUAUUAACUGUCAGAAGAAAGAUCUUCUACGGUGAGAAACAACCUGAGGAUGACAGCUCUCAAGCCUUCCUUUCAACACAGAAUGGCUCUCCCCGCCUGAACCGAGCAGAGGUCCCAGCCAAGCCUGCUCCCCAGGAGGCCUAUGAUGUUGUCUUGCAACGAAAAGAAAAUGAAGGAUUUGGCUUUGUCAUUCUCACUUCCAAAAGCAAGCCACCUCCAGGAGUUAUUCCUCAUAAAAUUGGCCGAGUCAUAGAAGGAAGUCCAGCUGAUCGCUGUGGGAAGCUGAAAGUUGGAGAUCAUAUCUCUGCAGUGAAUGGGCAGUCCAUUGUUGAAUUGUCCCAUGAUAACAUUGUUCAGCUGAUCAAAGAUGCCGGUGCCACCGUCACACUAACAGUCAUUGCUGAAGAAGAGCAUCUUGGUCCACCAUCAGGAACGAACUCCGCCAGGCAAAGCCCAGCCCUGCAGCACAGGCCCGUGGGACAGUCACAGGCCAACCACAUACCUGGGGACAGAAGUGUCACAGAAGGUGAAAUUGGAAAAGACGUCUCCACUUCUUACAGACACUCGUGGUCUGACCACAAGCACCUUGCACAGCCGGACACUGCAAUGAUUUCAGUCAUAGGCAGUCGGCACAAUCAGAGCCUUGGUUGUUACCCAGUGGAGCUGGAGCGAGGCCCCCGGGGCUUUGGAUUCAGCCUCAGGGGUGGGAAGGAAUACAACAUGGGGCUGUUCAUCCUCCGUCUGGCUGAGGAUGGUCCUGCCCUCAAAGACGGCAGAAUUCACGUUGGGGACCAGAUUGUUGAGAUCAAUGGAGAACCUACACAAGGCAUCACACAUACUCGAGCAAUUGAGCUCAUUCAGGCCGGUGGAAAUAAAGUUCUUCUUCUUUUGAGGCCAGGAACUGGCUUGAUACCUGACCAUGGUGAUUGGAAUAUUAAUAACCCUUCAUCUUCCAAUGUGAUUUAUGAUGAACAGUCACCAUUUCACCCAUCUUCACAUUCUGCUUCCAUAUUUGAAGAGUCUCGUGUGCCAGUAAUUGAAGAAUCUUUGAUGAGAGUUCAGAUAUGUGAAAAGGCAGAAGAAUUAAAGGACAUGGUGCCUGAAAAGAAAAGCACUUUAAAUGAAAAUCAGUCUGAUAUAAAACAUCAGUCUCUUCUCCAUAAAAAUGUGAAUAAAAGGGAUCCACCCAACAGUCAUGGGCACAGUGAUAAGAAAAAUCUCUUGAAAGUAGAAAAUGCUGUCACACCAAGAGGCAGAUCUGCUAGUCCUAAAAAGUCAGCCAGUCAAUAUUCAGAGGAACAUUUAGAAAAGAUUCCCAGUCCUCUAAAAAGUGACCCCAAAAGAAGACCCAGAGAUCGAUCACUCAGCCCCAGGAAAGGAGAGAAUAAAAGUAGUCAUAUCAGCACCAGGGCAGCUUCUGGACAAGAUCAUUGCAGAAAAAGCAGAGGACAGUCUUCAAGCCCAAAGAAGCAGCAAAAAACUGAAGGAAGCAAAGACCAAUCAAGUGCGAACCAAAGAGUAGGGGGCCGUGCGAGCAACAACGCUGAGCAGAUGUCAGAUGGGAAAGAAAGGUCAGGUGUUGUCAGGAAAGAUACAAAUCACAGUCAGCCUGGAAAACACAGAACCAGGUCUCCAGAGAAAAACAGCAAGAGAAUGGAUGAAAAGUCUCUUCCGUCCAAAAAGACAAAUAACACUACUAGUAGAGCUAUAUCGGAAAAUGAAAAAGGAAAGAAAGCAACCUUAGUAGAAACAAGUUCUAGUAAAGAUAAAACAGGAGAAAAUGUCAAAAUAUCAGAAAAGAAGCCAAAGCAGGAACCUGAAGAAAGAAUGGUUUUAAACAAAAUAGAAGAUCACAAAAGAAAAGAACUAGAGGCAGCUGACAAAAACAAAGAGAGCGGAGGGUUCAAACCUGAAAGCGUUUCUCCAGCUAAGAAAACACCAAUAACUCCAGGGCCUUGGAAGGUGCCAAGUGCAAGUAGAGCCACAGGCACUACUGGGGUGGCCGAGAAGCGACUGUGACCUUUAGUAUAAAACAAAGAAAAACAAGUUGUAAUCUUUUCCUACUAAAAAGCAGUGUUCCCCUCCCCCCCC